AUGGCAUUGCUUUUGCUACGGGAGCGGCACAAGAGCUCUGGCAACUGGGUAGGUUCUGACUGGACGGACAGGCAGCACAGCAAGGGUCUAUUGGGAAUGGUCGAGGGCGAAGGGCCUAAGUUGGCUAAAUCAUGGUCGUCUGUGAAUCGCAUCUGUGCAGAACUCAAGCCAUCCAACAGGCCGUGCAGUCGGUGGCAAAAUGUUGCCCCGGUUGUUAAAGGAAUUUGGAUAUAUUGGCGACGGUCUACUUCUGAAAUUGAGUGGCCAGUUAUUCGCGUCAUGGAUGCACCCCAACAAGUGGGCGGGGGCGACUGUGGGAUGUACAUCCUCAAAUACUGCGAGUUUCUGACCUCGAAUGUAGACCUGGCCAAGAUUUCCCAUGAUGCCAUGCCUUUCUAUUGGUUGAAGCUCGCUGUACAGUUGUUGCAGGGAUAUUGGUAG